AAUAAAGUUUUCUUUUUUUUCUUGAGGCUACAAUGUUCUAAAAGGCCGCCAGUGGCGCUCUAGCAUGAUCAGAAUGACUAGAGUCGAAGAAGAAGAAGAAGAAGAAGAAGGAGUAGCCAUCUUGCGCUGUGGUGUUCCAUCAGCCUACAUUUUGGAAUCACCAUGGAACCCCUUUCGCAAGGAGCCUCGGAGUCGCCCAAGGACCACAAAGCCAGGCGAUCUUCGAAGGCCUACAAGUCAGACGUCGGGCACAAAGGCGAAAAGAAUAAGGCUAGAGGAAAAGGUCCCAAGCAUGGAAAGCACCACACUACAACAAAGGAAGGCGCGGAAACGACGGCCGCGACACUGGUAGCUCACCAGGCAGCAACGGUGCCGAAGCCAGAAGAGGAAGUUUCAUCAGCAGGACCGCCAGCAGACCCGACUUGCCAGUCACAUCCAUCACCGACCCACAGGCGAGUAGUCGCGUUUGUUGGACCUGCAAGCGGGCCUUCUUCACACCAUCUCCAAACUGAACACGCCGCGGUGCCUCUGGCGUCACCUGCGGAAAGGACUGAAGGAGCUGCGGACCAUGCGUUGCCGCCAACAUCGCCCACAGGGGUCGAGGAACGUCCCGUCGAUACCCCCCCGGUAUUUCACCGAAGGAGACCAUCAUCCAUUGGAAAGCACGAACUAGCACCGGCCAGUGGGACUUUGUCAGCAAAAUCUCGAGCCUUGGACGCUUUCCUCCAAGACGCGUAA